AUGAAAAUAAAAUUUUUAUUUGGAUUACUUGGAUUAUUUAGUGCAGUGAAUUGUGAAAUGCAAAAGAUCAGAAAAUAUAACUAUGGCAAAGAUUUGUGUGAAUUUGACAUGAAUAGUGUAUUAAAGAGAAUCCCAUCUUUAACAGAUUUAUCCUCAGGAGAUAUAGUUCAAACACAUUUAACUAAUGAAGAGUUUGAAAUAUCAAGUAAUGGUAAACAAAUUAAAUCCAUAUCUUUAAAUGAAAUAUUACCUCCAUUGGCAACCACACCAAAUACAGAUCAAUGCUUUACAAUUACUUAUGGAAGUAAUGGAGAUAUUGAAACUUUAUGCUCAGAUUCAGUUGGUGCUAGAAAUUAUAUAAUGAAGAAAAUUACAAUGAGUAUUUUGUGUUUACAUUUGGGAAAAAUGAGAACUGAAAUAUCAGGAAUUUCUCCUUUAGAACAACAAGCUAGUAUGGAGUUACAAGGAAAUAUUCCUGAAGAAGGAAGUAUUACUGUUCGCCUAGAAGGUAUUGAUGAAAUUCCAGAUAUUGAGGUUGUAACUAAUACUGUAAAGAGCUAA